AUGAUGGUGUUGUUAUGGUUGACAAUCUCAUCUAAGGGACUAUGUAGUAUACUAAACAGGGGUUUUGAGCAUUUAGUAGAGAUUGAUCCUGAUAGAUGGAUCUUAUUUGAGGAAACUGGUAUAAUGAAAGACAUUACUCAACUUGAGCAUUCACAAUACAUGUUAUGGUGGUAUAACAAUGAGAGAGACAUGUAUAGUAUAAUGGUUACUAAUAGUGAUGCUGAUGAGGUAUAUCAAUAUGCCAUGAUAAUGAAAAUUGCAAUGCACCUAUAUGUUGAUCCUAAAUAUGUUGGUGGUGUUCAAGUUACUGAUAUUUGUGGUGUUCAAGUUAAUGAUGUUGGUUGUGUUCAAGUUAAUGAAGCUAAUGAAGAAGAAGAUAAUGAAGCUAAUGAUGUUCAAGAUAAUGAUGUUAAUGAUGUUCAAGGUAAUGAAGCUAAUGAUGCUCAAGGUAAUGAAGCAAUUGAUGUUCAAGGUAAUGAAGCUAACGUUGUUAGUGAUGUUCAAGUUAAUGAAGCAAAUGAAGUUAAUGAUGUUCAAGGUAAUGAUGUUGAUGAUGUCGGUGGUGUUAAAGCUAAUGAAGCAAAUGAAGUAGAUGAUGUUCAUACAGAUGAAAAUGAGGAUAGUGAUGAUAGUGAAGAUAGUGACUUUGAAUUUGAUGGUUUAUCAUUUGAUGAUAGUGAAGAUGAGAGGGUGCUUGGGUUUGGUAUGGACAAUGAGGUGGAUAUUAAUUAUGUUAGUCAUAAGCUUGGAAGCAGUGACCCUAAUGUUUCUAGUGAUGAGAAGGAACCAAGGUAUCCUAGGUUUAAGAUUGAGGAUUUGAGCAAGAGUUACAGGUUCAAAGUGGGAUUGAAGUUCGGAACACUUGAUGAAUUCAAAGAGGAAAUUACAUAA